UGAGUUAAGGAUAUUGUAAGUAUGUGGCUGGAAUUUCUGUUUCAUAAGCUGUAAUUAAGAAAAACAAAACGCAGGUCUCGUUUCAUGCAAACAGCAGUUGAAGACUCUGGAUCAGCGGGGUCAGCUUAUCAUCAGGAGAAAGGCCACAACAGCAUCUCUUUCUUCUUCUUUGUCUCCCAUCUCCACUAUGAAACAGGACCACAGCUUGGCAAGACCUGAAAGGCGUCAUGUGACUCUGCAUCUGCUCUCAGCUGUGGCAAGAUAACAACGCACCGAGAGAGCGAGAGCGAGAGCGUGUGAGAGAGAGAGAGAGAGAGAGAGAGAGAGAGAGAGAGAGAGAGAGAGUUGAGGAGGAGCUUCUUGUGAUAAGAUUCACUCCACGCACCAUCAGCAUCAAAAACUUGCGGUCCGUCCACCCAUCCUUAUCCCCGGCGCACUUGGUUUCGCGAACACACGCUACUUUUGAAUGUGUUUUUCCUACGUUGGAAGGUGCACAGGUGCAUCCCACGGUUAAUACUCGCUCUUUGCUGAGUUGAUUAUGGUCACAACCCCCACGGUGCCAAGGUGGAGCCACCGCGCGUAUCUCGGAUCGGUGCGCUUCUCCAGGGGCUGGGAUGCGCACCGGGCACCUCUCGCUUCCUGCCAAGUUUCGGGUCUGAGCAGGAGUCAAGUGCUGGCCCGGGGCGCCGAGGCAGGAGGACCCAGUCGACCCGGAGCAGGAUGCCGGUGAUGAGAGGGCUGCUGGCCCCACAAAACACCUUCCUGGACACCAUCGCCACCCGCUUCGAUGGAACCCACAGCAACUUUGUUCUGGGAAAUGCCCAGGUGCAGUCGCUCUAUCCCAUUGUCUACUGCUCCGAUGGUUUCUGUGAGCUCACCGGUUAUGCCCGUGCCGAGCUCAUGCAGAAGAGCUGCGCCUGUCACUUCCUGUACGGCCCGGAAACAAGUGACCGGUUCACGGCACAGAUCCAAGGAGCCCUGGAUGAGAGGAAGGAGUUCAAGACCGAGUUGGUUUUCUACAAGAAGGAAGGAACACAGUUCUGGUGUCUUCUGGACAUUGUCCCCAUCAAAAAUGAAAAGGGUGAGGUGGUUUUGUUUCUUGUGUCCCACAAAGACAUCACAGACAAGAAGAAGGACCAGGAUCCUGAGCACGGACCUGACACAGAUGAGGAGACAGGUCUGGAGGUGCAUCAGGUAACCCGCCCUCCAGGCUUCAAUGCCAACCGACGCCGCAGCAGAGCUGUUCUCUAUCACCUGUCAGGACACCUGCAGAAACAAGACAAGAGCAAGCUCAAGAUCAACAAUAACAUGUUCGGGGAGAAGCCUCCGAUCCCAGAGUACAAGGUAGCAGCCAUUCAGAAAUCUCGCUUCAUCCUGCUCCACUAUGGAACCUUCAAGGCUGGCUGGGAUUGGUUGAUUCUGCUGGCAACCUUCUAUGUGGCCGUCACCGUGCCCUAUAACGUGUGUUUCACAGUGGUGGGAGGACGGGACGAAGGGAGCAGCAGCGCCCCACGAAGCCCGCCCAGCGUCAGUGACAUCCUUGUGGAGAUCCUGUUUAUUUUAGACAUAUUGCUGAACUUUCGAACCACUUUUGUGAGCACGUCGGGUCAGGUAGUGUACGACGCCCGCUCCAUCUGUGUUCACUACGCCACCACCUGGCUCUUUGUCGAUCUCAUUGCCGCCCUGCCCUUUGACCUGCUGUAUGCUUUCAACGUCAGCGUGUAUUUCGGGGUCCACCUGCUGAAGACGGUUCGGCUGCUUCGGUUGCUGCGGCUGCUGCAGAAGCUGGAGCGAUACUCACAGUACAGCGCUGUGGUUCUCACUCUGCUGAUGUCCAUGUUUGCCCUGCUGGCCCACUGGAUGGCCUGUGUGUGGUACUUCAUAGGCCGCAAGGAGAUCGAAAGUCCAGGCUCAUGGGAUAUUGGUUGGCUCUAUGAGCUGGCCAAGCGCCUGGGUACCCCUUACUUCCUGUCCCCCCUGACAACACUGGUCCCAGCCACAGUCAGCAGCCUCCCAGCCAACAACAGUCAGUGGAACGUGUCUGGGUCAGACACUGGAAGGCAGGGCUCCUGGAACUCCAGCCAAUAUUACGGAAACAUGUCAGGAGGCGAGGCUGUGUCGGGGACGGACACUGGGGGUGAGGGUUUUGGGGUGCUGGGUGGCGGCCCAUCAAUGCGUAGCAGCUACGUGACAUCUCUCUACUUUGCUCUGAGCAGUCUUACAAGUGUGGGAUUUGGGAAUGUGUCAGCCAACACAGACUCAGAGAAGAUCUUCUCCAUCUGCACCAUGCUCAUAGGAGCACUCAUGCAUGCAGUGGUGUUCGGUAACGUAACGGCGAUCAUCCAGAGGAUGUACUCGCGCCGCUCGCUCUACCACACCCGUACCAAGGACCUGAAGGACUUCAUCAGGGUCCAUCGGCUGCCGAAGGCCUUAGAGCAGCGCAUGCUGGAGUGUUUUCAGACUACGUGGUCGGUCAACAAUGGGAUAGACGUCAGUGAGCUACUGAAGGACUUCCCGGACGAGCUGAGGGCUGACAUCGCCAUGCACCUGAACAAGGAGCUGCUCCAGCUGCCCCUGUUCGAGUCAGCCAGCAGGGGCUGCCUGCGCUCCCUGUCCCUCAUUAUCAAAACCUCCUUCUGCGCUCCGGGCGAGUUCCUCAUCCGGCAGGGAGACGCCCUGCAGGCCAUAUACUUCGUCUGCUCGGGGUCCAUGGAGGUCCUGAAAGACAAUACUGUGCUGGCUAUACUGGGUAAAGGAGAUCUGAUUGGUUCAGACUCUCUGACAAAGGAGCAGGUGAUUAAGACCAACGCCAACGUCAAGGCUUUGACCUACUGUGACCUGCAGUAUAUCAGCCUCAAGGGCCUCCGCGAGGUCCUCCGACUCUACCCAGAGUACGCCCAGAAGUUCAUCAGCGAAAUACAACACGACCUCACGUACAACCUGCGAGAAGGCCACGGCUCUGAUGUCGAUUGGGAAAGUAACGGUGGCUUUGUGAAGAAGCUGCCCUCCAUCCGUGAGGAUGAGGAAGGUGAUGAGGAGCAGAACUCUGUGUCCCGUGCUCCUCGCUCCCCGCUGCGCCUCAGCAGGGGGCUCAACUCCCCCCUGCGCUCCCCUCUCCUGCCACCCAGGCCAUUCCGCGCUCCCUCCGAUCAUUCCCGCCCCGCCACCCUGCAGAUACCUGUGGUCAGCUUCAGCAGCGUGCCACCUGAACUCAGCCCCAGAUUUGUAGAUGGCAUUGAAACAGAGACCAAUUCCACCUCAUCACAGAAGUUUGAGUUCAGUCCCAGUCUGUCACCUGCAGCACCACCCUCCCCAUACCCAGGGAUCCAGGAGCACUCAGAGAUCAAACAGAGUGUGUCCAAACUGACUGAGGAGAUGAACAGUCUCUCUAAACAAGUCUCCAAGCUCAGUCAGGAGCUGCAGGAAAUGACACGCCUGCUGAAGCCCCUCCUCCAAACAGCAUCGCCGCCAAUCCUGAUGACCAUGAUGCCAAAUUUAACCCCACCCCCUAGCAGUGCCAGCCAGUUGUCAUCAGGCGCCUGUAUCACGUUGCCACCACCCGCCACGUCUUGUUCCCUCCAGAGACCUAACACUCAUUCCCUGUUGGACAGUGGAGACAUAGAGGGCGUGGAUUUGCCAGGAUGCCUUCUCCCAACUCAUAAUUCACCAAAAAGGCCUAAUGUCUCUUCUUCAGCAUCGCCACAGACCCUGUCCAAACCCACAGUGGGCAACAUGAAGGACCACACCCACUCCAGCCUUCCUACAGCCAAGGAAGGAGUUCCUGAGGAGUCCGCAGUCCUCCAUAGCCGCCACGCUUCCUCCAGUAACGGGGUAUUCUUGGCGUCACCACAGGACCAGCCUCCCCUGGUCUCUCACACCCCUUCACCUUCUCUCUCCUUCUCCAUGUCUCUCUCCUCCUCACCAUCUCUUUCCCCCUGCCAAGGCCCCCAUCUGUCCCGACCUGGCAGCUGUGCCAGCAAAGGCCUACUCCCUCCGCCUCCCUCCCAGGACACCCCUCCUCCCCUGUCCUCCCACUGCUCCGCUCCCCCGUCGCUCACAUCCUCCCCCAGAGACCUUCACCUGAGGCCUUCUCCUCCUGCCCCUCUUGUACCCCCCACUGUCUCCCUCCAUCCCUCCACCCACUCCCUGCCCUUGAGUCUGGACUUUGUUAGUAAUAGGAGGGGGCAGGGAGAUACCAACACUCCACCUUGGUGUAAGUCACAGCUGCACCAAAGGGAGGCUAGACCUGUCACUCAUCCCCAGGAACUAGAGAUGCAGGAGUGGGGACGACAGGCGGAGGUGGAGAAGACCUCCACAGAGCACAUCAGCUUCAUUGAUGAAGAGGAGCCAGCAUUAUGAACUGGUUAAAAAUGAGCAAACGUGACAGAAAACAAUAGAGUGGAAGAGAAUGAAAGAGAUGGAAAAACAAUGAUCCGAUCAGGGCAAGUGACGGUUGGAUGAUGGAAUGAAAACUAAAUGGAAACAGAAUCUGGCCCAUUUUACACAUUUUUGGGCAGGAAAUGCUAAAAAAGGGCAGACAGGUAAACAGGAGCACACCUGGGAGGUGGAGACACAACGCCAGCUGUCACCAAAACAGUGUGAAGGAGUACUUUUCUACACUGAAGCAACCACAGAACUACAACAGCACAAAAUAUCUUACAGUAUCAACACUUUGGUAGCAUCAGUUGAUCCCUGCAGCGAUGAGGACACAUACUGUAGGACCAGAGCACGCUGUUUGUACCGGUCCCAUCGAGCCUCAUUUAGCUCUUUCCAGCUAACUGAACACACAAGAUUGCUUUUUAAACCCAGUAUGGAUGUCUCCUCAAAGGGCAGGUACAAAACACACAUAUCUCAGCGGGGAACAUGUCUUUACCCAAGACAGAUAAUCCAAUCCGCCGCACCGGGACUGAGAAUGUAAACUUGAUUCAGUCUCAGUCACAUCAGGUCAGCUCAAUUUGCGUCAACUCUGAGAUUAUUUUUAAAGAGAUGUGAUAAUCUGCAUCAGGGCUGGUGGAGGUAAACACUCAGCUGACAUCGAUCCAUCUCUUCAGAGUCAUGUGCCAUGCCCAUCACUCAUUUAAAAAGAUCUUUGAAUUGAUUUGAACUCCUCACAGAAAUGUCCAGAUUUCCUCUAAAAAGGCAGUUUGACGUGCACAGUCUAGUCAGCAUGGAAAGAUUUGAUUGUGGACCUUGAACAUCUGGCACACAAUCCAAACUGCUAGUUUAAAGACAAAGGCAAGAUUUCUGGAAAACACUAAUAUCACAAACAGCACCAUACACAGCUGUUUACCACCAUCAUGACUGUUUACAACCAGCCAAUCAGAUUGUACAACAAACUCCCACGUCUCUCCUGAGCUUUAGCCAUCCAGCCAUUCGUGCCUUCUCCAUUUAAAGACCUGGACUUCCCUCGGGACCUGUUCACGACAGGAAGCAUUUGGAUCAAAAUUUACCCAGAAAGCCAUCAGUGUCACCUCCAGACAACAUGUGCACCUUUAUCUUAAAUCGAACUCAUUUAUUUAUUUAUGGGAACACUGUACACUGCGCGUCAAAGAGAUCUGAGGCCGAGGAGGACGGUUUACUAUCCAACGACGUAACCUUCUCAUUUCUGAUGUAGCACACACACACACACAUAGAGCAUAUCUUCAAUGUGCACACAAGUUUCAUCAUCUCCAACCUCUGAGCGUUACACCAGUACAAGACAACAGCCUAACCCUAAAACCACAAUACCCAGGCUGCAUCCCUGUGGAGGUCUCAGGACUUCUGUACUUGUUGCUUUGUACACCACGUUACUUGUAAUAUAGACGGUCAGAUUUCUGGUUUCUAUUUUCUGUAACGGGAGCAGGGGAGGGACUUAACAGAACUCUAUACACUGAAACACAAAGAUUCACUGAGCGGAACUCACUGAUGUCUGUGGAGUUCUGACCCUGUGGGUUACUCUGGGGUGAGGGUGGGUGGGUGGGGGUUGUUCUUGGGUACAAAAAGGGUUUUAAAUAAAUGCAUGUCACAGCUUUUUUUUUUUUUUGCAUGAGGAAUGUGCCUGCUUCUGAGCUGUAGAGGGCAGGAAGACAAUGGGAGUAGACAAAAAGCCUGCCCUGUUGGAGGCUGUUUGGUUUUGGAUGUGUUUUAUUAAAGACUGCUGUUACAUAAAACCUUUACCAGGAUUACAUUCUGUACAAUAAUAAAGAAGUGUUGUUUUGUAAGAGCUCAGAUUCCUGUGUUACUCUUAGGAAGCAUUAAAGCCGGGAUAUGUUAGAAUUUCAUUUGAGGCACAGAGAGAAAUAUGUGUUCUCUGAAGAAGAAACACCGGGUUAUGUUUGAAAACCCAGUUUAACAUCACAACAAAGAGUGUAGUGACAUCACAAAUUGAGCAGAAACUGUAAGAUAGACUUUAUACUGUAAUGAUGAUGAUGAUGAUCCCAUACCAGGGAUAUUCACAGCAGCUCAUAAACACAAGGCUGAUAAUAAAUUACAGAUAAGUAAGAAAUAUAUAGAAAAAGUCAAGCUAAAGAAAGUCAUGAAGUCAUGCUGGUGUUGAAGAGUGUGCCAGCUGUCUGAAUGAAGGACCUGUGGUAGAUCUCCUUCUUCCAUGGUGGGAGUAACAGUCUGUAGCUGAAGGAGCUGUUUAAGGCCUCCACAGUCUGAUGCAGGAGGUGAGAGGAGUUCUUCAUGAUGGGUGUCAGCUUUGCUAACAUCCUCCUCUCCACCACUUUCACUGUGGAGUCAGGACAGUCCAGGACAGAGCUGGACCUCUUCACCAGUUUGUUGUCUUUUUCUGUUUCCUCCUCCCCAGCAAAUGACAUGGACUAAUGCAGAUGCCACCACAUAGUAUCAUAGAAAGAAAACUACAUAUGAACUAUAGCGUAAUGUAUGGUAUCUGGAGCCAGUGUUUGGUUUGUCCAUUCUGGGCUACUGUAGAAACACAGAGGUGCAACACAGCAGACUCUGUGGAAGACCUGCUGUCUCUCUGGAGAGACAAGAGUUCAUUCUAAUUCUCAGAAAAAAAGAGAGUUCUGUUAAAAAAUGUGUCAGGGGUGGGGGUUCAAACAUUGCAGUGCAUUUAUCUUUUGGAGAAACUGAUAAUUACCUCAGUCACUCCAACUCAGUGAUAAAACAUGAGACAACUAUGGCAGGGUGUCACAGCCAUGCCAGAGAAAGAAGAAAUCAGUAACUCGUUCUAAACUUCUGAUCUGUUUCUCUCUUUCUGGCAUGACAGUUAUGAUGCUAAAUGUUGGACAAUGUGGAGAGACAACAGAUCCUGAUAGUGGAGGUUAAAUCCACGAGGUGGCUCCAUGGUCCUGCUGUAAUGAACUGCUUUUUAAAGGUGAAACAUGACUGAGGAGAAAGAAGACGCAACACAGAAGAAAUCCUUCUUCAGGUCUGCAUAUAUUUUCAAUGGUAACAUUCAUUCUAUCAGUGUUUCAGUAAGGUUUGAAAUGUCAGGGAGCAACAGUCUAGAAAUAUCCUGAUGGGAGAAGAAAUGAUAGAAUAGAGGGAGCAAACACAAUGUAGCACUUGUUUCUGCUGUUGUGGAAACUGUAGUGUCUCAAACUUGUUUUAUUCCUUAUGUCUACUCUGUCCUUGCUCACUUCUCAAACACAUCAGAGGAAAGAAACCCAGGAGCUAUCAUUUAUCCCUUCUGACAAACACACAGAAGAAGGGUGGAGGGUGGGAACUGCAGAGAAUGCAGAAACAAACAAAGUCUUAUUCAAAAGAGAUGAGAGGAUACAUGCAUCCUCUCAUCUCCAGUGUCUCAUGCCUGUUAAUUAGUAACUGGGCAUGUCAGAGUAAGCACUCUGGAACUACAUUUCCCAUUGGGAUCAUAAGGAUAUUGGACAGAGGUGACAGGCUCCAGUGCACGCUGAACCACAACAGUGAGGAAAAAAAAUGGGGGGGGGGGGUCUGAUAGAUCACAAUCAGACCGCAGUGGAUUCAUCCCACUGUUCCAGGAAUCAUGGUUCAGAGAGAAUGAAUGAAAACAAACAGAGGGUCAGGGGAAAAUAAAAAUCCAAAAAUAUAUAUUUAUGUUUAUAUUUAUAUAUAUUUAUAUAUUUACGAGGUAUGUAUCCACAAAAAAAAGAAAACACCCAAAAUUUCAAAAUAGGCAGUCUGUUUUUCCAAAUGUGUCCUUGCUUUGUGAUGCCUUAAAGGAAACAUUAAUAUUAAUUAAAAAAUUUAAAAUUAAAAAGGGGAACCUUUGCUGUCCAACAGCCCUGUUCUUGUGUCAGACCUCGUUAGUCCAGUUCUCUGAGACCAGAGUCUCCUCGAUCAGGAGUCCAAAAACACUGUGAGGCGCUGCUGUCAGGCUGCUGCACUCCAAAAAAAACAAACAAACAAACAAAAAAUAAAAAUAAAAAAAAAUCACAAAUCUCAAAUCACAAAGUCCCAAAAGGAGAAAAAAAAAUCACUUCAUUGUUGAAGAAGAAAAAGAAAAACAAGAGAACCCCUCCUAACCAUUGAUUUCCCAACAACCAUGGUCUCAGAGUCUCCAAGACAAAACUGUUGGGUGGUGAAGGGAGGCCAGCCACAGGUCCAAACAAAAAGGUGUCUUUGUGCAACAAAACAAGC